CCGAAAAAAAGUGAAAAAAGUUUCAUGGCCAAACGGGCCCUAAGUAUUUUUGUUCUCAUUUUUUUGAAUUUCCAUUAUUACUAAUGUAAACAUUCCUUAAACAAAUUAAGGUACGGGCGAGGAGGAAUGUACAAGGGAUUAAUAUUAGGAAAGCCAAGCAUCAUCGUCAUAAAACCAGAAAUAUGUAGGAAAAUCUUGUUAGAUGACGAAAAUUUUGAGAGACAUAUGCCUAAAACAAGCUUAAAUGUGCUGGGACAAGAACCUCCAUCAAAUCAAGAAGAUAAAAAGCGUCGAAUGAGAAGUAAUCUUAUACAGAGUCAUGGCGGAUCAUUGUUUUUCCAAUUGGAUAUAAACGAAACUGUGAAAAAUUCAUUUGAGAAAUGGGCUUCAACGGAAAAACCCAUUGAGUUUCUCGCUGAGAUGAAAAAAACUACAUUUGAGGUGCUUAUGAGAAUUCUUAUAGGUGAUGAGGUUGCUCAGGAUUUGCUUGACGUUGUUUUUAAGGAGAAUACUUUCCUUAUUCGUGGUUUUCUCGGCAUUCCUAUUAAUAUCCCCGGAUUUGAUUACAAUAGAGCAAACAAGGCUCGAGGAGCAAUAGUUAAGAUAUUUUAUCAGAUAUUGGAGGAAAGAAAAGCCAUGAUUGGAAAAAAUAAAGCAACGCCAAAGUCCAGCAUAGUGGAUACGACGCUAGACAGUAGUCAAGAUGAUGAGAAUAUCAUUACAACGCUAGUUUCGGUUACAUUUGCUGGUUAUGAAUUUACUGCUGAGGUUGCAGCAAAAGCAAUUAUGUAUUUGGAAAAACAUCCUGACUUCUUGCAGAAAGCAAAAGUACCUCACGAGCCUAACCUGUGA